AUGGAGAAACAGCAGAGUUUUCAUGUGGGUGCCUUGGAAGAACUUCGGAGUUUCCGGUUAGGGGCUAUGGAGAAACAGAAAAGUUUUAGAUUAGGUGUAAUGGAGAAACAAAAGAGUGUUAGGAGGGGAUCAAUGGAGAAGCAACAGAGCUUUCAUGAGAAGAAAAGGAAAGAUGGUUUUAGGAAGCGAGGGGACACUCCUCUCCAUCUGGCUGCCAGGGCUGGCAAUAUGGUGCAUGCUAUGAAGAUUCUUUUGGAUUGUAGUGAUAGCCAUUUGAAGGAUUUGAUUUCGAAGCAGAACCAGGAUGGAGAGACGGCACUCUACAUUGCUGCAGAGAUGGGGCACAUUGGGGUCGUUCGAGAGAUACUGAGUGUUUCAGAUGUUCAGUCUGCCUCACUCAAGGCCACCAACAACUUCGAUGCAUUUCAUAUUGCUGCUAGGAAGGGACAUCUGGAAGUGCUGAAAGUGUUCCUGCAUUCUUUUCCUGCACUGGCCAUGACAACAGACUCAUCGAAUUCUACAGCCUUGUACACAGCUGCCACUCAAGGCCAUACCAAUGUCGUCGAUCUUCUGUUGGAAACAGAUGCCAGCCUUGCCAAGAUCGCCCGGAGCAAUGGCAAAACUGCUUUGCAUUCGGCAGCAAGGAUGGGACAUGUAGAAGUAGUGAAAUCCCUUCUAAGAGAGGACCCAAGCUUGGGUUUGAGGACCGACAAGAAGGGGCAGACAGCAAUUCACAUGGCAGUUAAAGGGCAUGGUGUUGAGAUAGUGCUGGAACUACUGAGAACCUAUCCUUCAGUUGCCAGUUUGGAAGAUAAUAAAGGGAAUACACCAUUGCAUAUUGCGACUAGGAAGGGUCGUCAUGAGAUAAUGCAGGCUUUGUUAUCAGUUGAUGGAAUCAAAGUGAAUGCAGUUAACAGAGCUGGGGAGACAGCUCUUAGUAUUGCAGAAAAAUCUUGUGAUGGAAAAAUCAUGGCGUUCCUAAAAGAAGUUGGUGCAGUGGCUGCAAAGAAGCAUCCAAACCCCCCUAAUGCUGCGAAGCAACUUAAACAAACAGUUAGUGAUAUUAAACAUGAAGUCCAAUUUCAACUCCUACAAACCCGUCGAACUGAAAUAAGGGUUCAGAACAUCAAGAAGAAACUGCAGAAGUUACACAGAGGGGGCCUCAAUAAUGCCAUCAAUUCAAACACGGUGGUGGCCGUGCUCAUUGCUGCGGUGGCCUUUGCAGCCAUAUUCACUGUGCCGGGCCAGUACGUGGAGACCCCAACGGAUGGCUCAACUCUUGGCCAAGUCUACAUAGCAGAGAAUGCAGCAUUUAUCGUCUUCUUGGUAUUUGACUCCUUGGCCCUCUUCAUUGCUCUGGCUGUCGUGGUGGUGCAAACCUCCCUGAUUGUUAUUGAGGAGAAGGCAAAGAGGCUCAUGGUAUUUGUGAUCAACAAGCUGAUGUGGCUUGCUUGCCUCUUCAUCUCUGCUUCCUUUAUGUCCCUCUGUUAUGUUGUGGUUGGCCGCCAGGGGUAUUGGCUCGCUUGGGUUACCACAGUAAUUGGUGCUUUGAUCAUGCUGACCACCUUGGGGUCCAUGUGCUAUUUUAUGAUCAUUCACCGAAUUGAACGAAAAAAUUUGACGAAUAUAAGGAGGGCCUCUGGGAGCAGGACCCUCUCAUGGUCUAUGUCGGCGGCAUCAGAAUCAGAGAUGCUGAAGAAUGAGUACAAGAUGUAUGCACUUUAGACUGUGCAUGCUAUACAUUUUAAUUCAUCAACUGUAAAUCUUGGAAAUAACCCAGAGCAUCUUCUACAUCCCUGUAUAUAUUCACUCAAAAAAUACAUCCUUGUGUAUGUAUAUUUUUUAUGCUACCAUGAAACAUAUUACACUUUUUUAAUGAGAAAUUCUUCAUGAAAAGUUUCAGAUUA